AUUUUAUAUGAAUUUAAAAAAUUAAAGUAUUAAAAUAAAAUAAAAAUGUGAUAAAUAUAUUCUAAAAAAGCUAUAGUAUUUAUAUAUAAGUUGGGCUUGUUUCUGGAGAGUUCCUGAGGCUUUAGCGUUAAGGGGGAAGAAAGGGUGUUGUGUGUUGAUCCUCUUUUUCCGCCUUAAACCCACUUCCCCUUUCCCCUCAAGCUACCUCAAACUCAAAUAUGCCGAAUUUCCUUGUCCCAAUUGGGAAAGAUGUAGUCUAUGAUUUGUGAUUUGUUAUAAUAUAUAUACAUAUAUUUAUCUAUCUAUAUGGGAUUGUAGUUUGCUCUCUUUUUGGGCUUCUGGGUUCUUUAAUCUGUCGACAAUAAGUGAGAAUCGGGGAUUUUUCGUUCUGGGUUUUGAUUUUCUUUGAAGAAGAAGAAGAGGAAGUUUACAGUAAUGGCUAAUGGGGAAGAGAAAAGCAGUGACUUUUAUGCAGUUUUGGGUUUGAAAAAGGAAUGUACAACUUUGGAGCUGAGGAAUGCUUACAAGAAAUUAGCAAUGAGAUGGCAUCCGGAUCGGUGUUCGGCUUCCGGGAAUUCAAAGUUCGUGGAGGAAGCCAAAAAGAAAUUCCAGGCCAUUCAACAAGCCUAUUCUGUUUUAUCAGACGAGAAUAAGAGGUUCAUGUACGACGUCGGAGUCUACGAUAGCGAUGAUGACGAAAGUGGUAUGGGUGAUUUUUUGAGCGAGAUGGCUGUUAUGAUGAGUCAAACAAAGCCUAAUGAAAGUGGGGAAGAAACCUUUGAAGAAUUGCAGCAACUAUUUGAAGAUAUGUUUCAAGGAAACAAUGAUGCAUUUGGAUCAAGUAAUAGUACUUCCUACUGCGAAACCUCAACGACAUCUUCUACGUCCUAUGCAUCUUAUAAUUGUGAAAGUUCAAGUUCCAGUAAUAAACGUAGCUCCACCGAUAUGAACAAUGGAAUUAGGACAAAUGGGAAUGAUUCUUCUUCAGGCUUUGCUGCUCAUCUUCAGAGCUUUUGUGUAGGGGUGGAUCAGCGGCGGGGUUUGAGGGAGGGGAUGGUAGUAGGAGGAGGGGCAGUUCGAGGAGGAGCAAGCGAUAACCACCGACGACAUGGAAGGAAACAAAAGGUUUCGUCUGGUCACGAUGUUUCUUCGAACGACUGCUCUAGUGGUAUAUCAGCAGCUUGAUUCAAAUGAGUUGGAACAAAAGGAAUAAUUUUUUCUGCUUCCAGCUUAUUAUAUAGAGGAUUUAAGAAAAUCACAUUUUACAGGCAAACAAUAGGGUAUUUUUGCCUUUUUUUUUUUGUUUUAUGUUUAGUGGUAGUAGGAUUUGAAUUGAACUUCACAUUAGCUACUGCUGGGGCAAUGGGGCCACAGAGUUGUCUACCCUACACAUUCAUGUCCCUGCUGUGGUUUAGUAAUUGUAGCUUUGUCUAAAGCCUUCGAAUUCGAUUGUACUGUUUAGCUUUUCUUUUCAUUAAUCCUUUUUAAAUGUAAUGUUAUUAUAAUUCUAAUACUUAUUUUGCUACUGCA